AUGUCCAUUGCGUAUCCGGCAGUCAACAUUUCCUAUUGUGUCAAGUGCAAGUGGAUGCUCCGUGCCGCGUGGUACCAACAGGAGAUUCUGCAGACGUUCUCCUCGAAGGCCAUUGACGAGAAUGAGACUACGCUCACUGUGAACUGCGCCAUUUUGUCUCCCUCACUGGUUGCAGGGACGUUCCAAGUGGCGGUGAAGAGGGACGAGAACGCGGAUUGGACCAUAAUCUGGGACAGAAAGGAGGAGGAUGGGUUCCCAGACUCCAAGCUCCUCAAACAACGCAUCAGAGAUCAUCUUUACCCAGAGCUUAAGCUCAGUCACAUAGACAAGCCAAAUAAACAUGGAGGCAAGCUCGUCACUAAACAGUCGCCCGAGCCCGGCCACGACGACACAUGCAUCGACUGCAAAACUUGGGAGUAUUAA